AUGUGCAUAAUAAUACGUUUCUUUCUUCUUGUUCCUUUUCCCCUCCUCCGCCUCCUCUUCCAGUACGCUAACGGCGGUAGUCUGGUUGACCUACUCACGGGAUCCUCUCGAUUGCCGUGGAUCACUCGGACCAAGAUCGCCAACGACAUCGCCUCCGGUGUGGGCUAUCUUCAUGAACGUCAACUCAUCCACCGGGACCUCUCAUCCCAGGUUAGCUGUCGUUUGGCCCUCCCACAUGCUCCUAUCCCAUUGUUUUCACCUUCGGUUGCUCAAAUCCCAAUUAGCUGA